AUGUCAGGCAAGCAGACAGAGGCCGAAGAAGCCAUGCCAAAGCGAUUUCCAAUUACAGAUUAUUUUUUACACUAUGUAGGGAAGAGCAAAAUGCAGCUUCUUUUCUUCUUGAUGUUUAUGCUGAUAUAUAAUUAAAAUGUGGCUUCUCCGCCUGGCAUGGCCUCCGGCCACGCAGCUUCCGAGCACAUAUUUUAAUUAUAUCCGACAAGGUUUUAACAAGCUGGAAAUGGGCAGCUAUGCUAGGUAAGCAACUCAUGUGGUGUAAGGAGCCUAGCCCUUGUCCUUUUUCUGGUUUGGGUUUUACCUCGAGGACAAAAGGAGACCUGUAGUUGCAAAAGGUGCUGCCCCAGCAAAGUCCUUUGGACCAUUCGGGCACUGCCAUACCGUGAAGCCAGGGGUUACGGCCUGGGCUACAAAUUUUCCUUUUUGCCGACAGUCGGCCAGAAAACCCAUUUGUGAUUUUCUUUGCAGGCAACCUCGUCGCUGCAGCCUGAAGCAAUGCCCCCCGGGAAUCCAUAGUCUGCCCACUCAAGACUGGAGCCACUGCGGAGUGGCAAGGAGGAGGUGACGGCCAGGCAACUCACCUUUCCGGUGAUCGGAAGCAGACGUCCCAGCAAAGCGGAUGAAUCCCUGGUGGGAUCCUUGGUAACCGAGUUAGCAAAGUGAGCUCUAAUCACCUAAUUAAGUAAGUUUAUGCUGAUAUUUCCUUUUCUAGGGGUCUUUUUAAGAGAAAUCGGUCGAAUAAUCGAAUCACGAAAACUUGAGAAUCCUUCAUAUCCUUACCCCGAGUACAGUGAUUUUUUGCUUGCCUUGACUACCUGUGGCCUAUUACUUCUUAUUAUGCAUACUUUUAAGAUUAGUUUGAGAGGGGUUGCUAGAAGUGCUAUAUCAAAAAGGUAUCCUGUUUCUCAAAGAAAUGACCGAGCUGAUAGAUUACUAGACAGGCUAUUUAAAGGGAUUUAUUUUAUGUUUUCAUUUGGGUUUGGUUAUUAUAUUGCUAAAGAUUUAGACUUUUUCCCACCAGCAUUAGGUGGAAAAGGGUCAGCGAAUUAUAUGUUUGAUGGGUAUCCAUAUCAAGAAAAACAGCCUUUAUUGAGGGAAUAUCUUAUGAUCCAGCUAGGCUAUCAUCUUAAAUCUUUAUCCUUUUUAAAGAAAAAUAAAGAAUUUUUUGAUAAAAAAUAAAUUAUUGUUUUAGAAAAAUAGGAUUUAUCAUAUUUUUAAUAAAGAUUAUGUUUUCUAGAAGAAUAAUAGUAAUUCACCUAUGGAGCAAACCAAGAAACGAUUUUAUGGAAAUGCUGCUUCAUCACUUUAUGACUGUUUUUUUGAUUUCCCUUGCAUAUAUGAUGAACUACGUCAAUAUGAGCAUCCUUGUACUUUACACCCACGAUUUUGCUGACAUUUUCGGCUGCUUUGUACAGACUUUUGUGGACACUGAUAGAGUAUAUUGUACGCUAACUUCUUAUAUUUUGCUUUUAAUAACUUGGUUCUAUACAAGAAUUUGGGUGUUUCCUAAUGAAUUAAUAAGAGCAGCAUGCUACGAAUCGACGACUGAAAUUCAUGGAUUAUGGCUUUUGGGAGGAAUGCUUCAUUUUUUGUUGGUUUUGCAUGUGUAUUGGUAUUAUUUGUUUUUAAAAAUGGGGUAUAAGUUUUUGAAAACUAGUCAUGCUGAAGACAUUCAACAUAAAAUAGAGACGCAUUAG